AUGGCGGGUGAUCUCUCGGAGCUUCUAUUCUUGGCUAUUGGAUGGUUCGGCUGGAAGAGUGCCGCAACGGCGUUUUUUGCCAGUGUGGUUCUUCUCUUUUUGUUGAGUGUCCGAAGUGAUGCCAAAACAUCCUAUGGCACUGUUCUCGGGCGUCGACGAGCAAAUCCACAAGAACUAGAAUAUACACUCGCCAUUACGACCGGUUUCUUCAUCUUCAUGAUUGUGGUCCCGGUUAUCGCCGAUUCUCUAGGAUUGUGA